AUGGGGCGGGGCGGGGCGGGUGGGGCGGGGUGGGGCUCUAGAGGCGCGCGAGGUGGUGCGCGGAGAGCGCGAGGUCGAGGUCGCGGCGGCGCGCGGCGAGGCGCGCGUGCAGGUAGCGCGACACGCCCUCGGCCGCCCAGCCCUGCGAGGGGCGGGGCGGGGCGGGUGGGGCGGGGUGGGGCUCUAGAGGCGCGCGAGGUGGUGCGCGGAGAGCGCGAGGUCGAGGUCGCGGCGGCGCGCGGCGAGGCGCGCGUGCAGGUAGCGCGACACGCCCUCGGCCGCCCAGCCCUGCGAGGGGCGGGGCGGGGCGGGUGGGGCGGGGUGGGGCUCUAG